AUGAACAAUAGGAAUAAUGUCACUGAAUUUAUUUUUAUGGGGUUUUCCCCAAAUAUUCAGGUUCAGAUUCUGUACUUUGUUAUUUUCUUGUUUUGUUACAUAGCUAUUUUGAUGGGAAAUUUCAUUGUCAUCAUCUCUAUCACAUGUAGCCAGCUUAUUGAACAACCGAUGUACUUCUUCUUGGCUUAUUUGUCCUUCAUGGAUGUCUGCUAUACCUCUACGGUAACCCCGAAACUCAUCAGUGACACAUUGGCUGAAAGGAAGAGUAUUUCUUAUACUAACUGUUUGAUCCAGCUCUUCACUGUGCACUUCUUUGGAGGGGUGGAGGUCUUUAUACUCACAGGGAUGGCCUAUGACCGAUAUGUGGCCAUUUGCAAACCACUCCACUACAUGACUAUCAUGAGCAGACACAGGUGUAAUGCAUUGAUCGUGGCUGCAUGUGGUGGAGGUUUUGUACAUUCAUUUGCACAGUUUCUUCUUGCUUUUCUCUUACCUUUCUGUGGUCCCAAUGCUAUUGAUCACUAUUUCUGUGACAUGUAUCCAUUGCUGAAACUUGCCUGUACAGACACCUAUAAUUUGGGUCUCUUAGUAAUAGCCAAUUCAGGAAUGAUUGCAUUAGUGGUUUUCAUGGUCCUUAUGGCUUCUUAUGCUGUGAUCUUAUAUACUCUUCGGGCACAUUCUUCUGAGAGCCGCCAAAAAGCUCUUUCCACUUGUGGUUCCCAUAUUACUGUUGUCGUCCUGUUCUUUGGACCUUCCCUUUUCAUUUAUAUUAGACCAGCCACCACAUUCCAGGAGGAUAAAGUUUUGGCUCUGUUUUACACCAUCAUUGCUCCCAUGUUCAAUCCCUUGAUCUACACUUUAAAGAAUUCAGAAAUGAAAAAUACCAUGAAGAAGGUAUGGAGCAGAAACCUAUUUGGAGGCAGAAAACAAUUGCUCUAAAAGGCAUUGCUGAACUUUGACUCUGGGCCUUGAUGUAUGAUACAAUACCAACUCAUUCAGCAUAGAUGUAUCAGAGGCCUCAUGGGCAAAUCAGGUAUUUAAGAGGCUACUCACAAAUAGUUUGCAAUGAAAUGUAGAUCUAGAAGAAACUUCAGAGUUCAUGAAAUUCAUUGCAUUGAUUGGACCAAUGAGAAAACAAGAGUCAGGAUUGGUAAAAUGACUUUCCUAAGGCAACACAACUGAUAUUCGCCACAACACUUGAAUUCAUUUU